GGCUACAGCUGCAGUUCAGCUGGACCUUCUGGGCCCCGGCCGGUAGCAGCUCGUUUCGGUGGGAUUCUUCAGGAUCCCUCAGCCACGCUCCACCGGCAGCUUUUAUUUGUCUCCUUUUCACAUUCGGCAUCGAGGAGUGUUUGCGGGCUGAGUUUCUUCAUCGAGUUGGGGAUGGCCUUCUUUGGGAGUGGGGUUCGGCGGGUGGGGUUGGCACUGCGGUCUCCUCUCCCUCCACUUUGCMGGACGAGCAGCCGGUCCUACAGCUCAGAGCCCACCAAGGAAAAAAGUGUCCCCUAUGAGAAGACUCUUAAACAGGAGGGUGGAGCCUCCUCUGGGCCCACUAAGCCUUUACCAAAGUCAGCUGAUGUGGUGGUGAUCGGAGGAGGCAGCCUCGGCUGUCAGACCAUCUAUCAUCUGGCUAAAAUGGGCGUAACCAAUGCAGUUCUGCUGGAGAGAGACCGACUGACCGCUGGCACCACCUGGCACACAGCAGGCCUGCUGUGGCAGCUCCGGCCCAGCGACGUGGAGGUGGAGCUCCUGGCUCACACCAGGAACGUGGUCAGCAAAGACCUGGAGGAGGAGACGGGCCUCCACACAGGCUGGAUCCAGAACGGAGGCCUCUUCAUCGCCUCCAACAAGCAGCGCCUGGACGAGUACAAGCGUCUCAUGUCGCUGGGUAAAGUCUACGGUAUCGAGUCUCACGUCCUGUCGCCCGCCGAGACGAAGGACCUGUACCCGCUGAUGAACGUUAACGACCUCUACGGAACUCUGUACGUUCCAAAAGAUGGCACUAUGGACCCCGCAGGAACCUGUACCACUCUGAGUCGAGCCGCCAAUGCCAGGGGCGCCACGGUGAUCGAGAACUGCCCAGUGACCGGAAUCCAGGUACGAACAGACGACUUCGGGGUUAAGAGGGUCAGGGCGGUGGAGACCCCCCACGGGACCAUUGAGACACCCUGUGUGGUGAACUGCGCAGGUGUGUGGGCCACUAAGCUGGGAGAAAUGGCUGGAGUCAAAGUCCCUCUUAUUGCCAUGCAUCAUGCCUACGUGGUAACGGAGAGAAUCGAAGGCAUACAGAACAUGCCAAAUGUCAGGGACCACGAUGCGUCGGUGUACCUGCGCCUCCAAGGUGACGCCCUGUCGGUGGGCGGCUACGAAAGAAAUCCCAUUUUCUGGGACGAGGUGUCUGAUAAAUUUGCCUUCAGCCUGUUUGACUUGGAUUGGGAUGUUUUUAUGCAACACAUCGAGGGAGCCAUCAACCGAGUUCCUGUUCUGGAGCAGACUGGCAUCAAGUCCACCGUCUGUGGACCAGAAUCUUUCACAGCAGACCACAAGCCACUGAUGGGAGAAGCUCCAGAGGUCCGAGGGUUUUUCCUGGGCUGUGGCUUUAACAGUGCAGGCAUGAUGCUGGGAGGUGGGUGUGGCAGAGAGCUGGCUCACUGGAUCAUACACGGUCGUCCUGAUAAGGACAUGUACGGCUACGACAUCAGGCGUUUUCAUCACUCACUGACGGACAACAAACGCUGGAUCAGAGAGAGGAGCCACGAGUCGUAUGCUAAAAACUACUCYGUGGUGUUCCCCUUUGAUGAGCCGCUGGCCAGCCGCAACAUGAGGAGGGACCCCUUCCAUCAGGUGCUGACUGAGCAGGGCUGUGUGUUUCAAGAGCGCCAUGGUUGGGAGAGACCCGGCUGGUUCAACAAAGACGGCCCUGUUCCUGUUAAAGACUACGAUUAUUAUGGAGCCUACGACAUUGAGACGAAUGUGAACUACAAAUACAAUGACCUCCUGGGCAAAGAGUACACCUUCGACUUCCCUCCUCAUCAUGAUGUGAUUAAGAGCGAGUGUCUCUCGUGUAGAAACAGCUUGGCCGUGUUUAACAUGUCAUACUUUGGGAAGUUCUAUCUCACUGGACCAGACGCCAAGAAGGCAGCUGACUGGCUGUUCACGGCCGAUGUCAACAAGAAGCCAGGCUCCACUGUGUAUACCUGCAUGCUGAAUAAACGAGGGGGGGCUGAGGCCGACCUGACGGUGAGCAGAUUGGAGCCCGGCGCUGCCAACCUGCCCCUGGCACCAGAGUCCGAUGGUGAUGCAUACUACCUGGCCAUCGGAGGCGGUGUCGCAGAACACAACUGGAACCACAUUAGAACUGUUCUUCAGGACCAAGGCUUCCGGUGCCAGCUGACGGACCACUCUGAAGACAUGGGCAUGAUCAGCAUCCAGGGACCCAAAAGUCGAGAAGUGUUACAGGAGGUUUUGGACACAGACCUGAGCAACAAAGCUUUCCCCUUCUCCACACACAAAAUCGUUAAUGCUGCUGGACAUCAGGUGCGAGCRAUGCGUCUGUCGUUUGUGGGCGAGCUCGGCUGGGAGCUGCACAUUCCCAGAGACUCUUGCAUUCCCGUCUACAGAGCCGUCAUGGCUGCAGGUUCAAAGCACGGCAUCAUCAACUCGGGCUACAGAGCCAUCGACUCGCUCAGCAUAGAGAAGGGUUACAGACACUGGCACGCUGACCUCCGCCCUGAUGACACACCCCUAGAAGCGGGGCUUGCUUUCACCUGCAAACUGAAGAGCUCCACCCCCUUUCAGGGACGUGAAAGACUAGAGAAACAGAAGGAGGAGGGGCUGAAGAGGCGCAUCGUCUGCUUCACUAUUGAUGAGAAAGUACCUAUGUUUGGUUUGGAGGCUAUUUUCCGAAACGGUGUUCCCGUUGGUCACCUGCGGCGAUCUGAGUACGGUUUUUAUAUUGACAAAACUCUGGGUUAUGGAUACAUCCGCAACCCUGAUGGAGGCGUGGUGAGCGCUGAUUUCAUUAAAAGCGGUGAGUUCAGCCUGGAGAGGAUGGGCGUGACGUACGAGGCCAAGGCUCACCUCAAAUCUCCGUUUGACCCCGAGAACAAACGCGUCCGAGGGAUCUACGACUGAAGACGACAAACGUAGAAAAACUGACAUAAAACUCUCCGGUGAGACGAUAAUACAGUCCGGUUUGGGACAACUAGUUCUUUUUCACAAACGAGGUUUUCAAAUGUUUCUUCAUUUCCUGAAUCAUUUGAUUGAACUGAGCUGGAGCUGAUAAAAACUGAGCCUACAUAAUGAGGAAAAAAAAUCGAAGCUUUUAAAAUCUGAUAUUACUGGUUUGUUUACAUGUUGYGUGAAUAUUACCAUAAAAUGUACCRGUAUGUCUGUUUAAGAGUGAAAUGGGUUUUAUCUAAAGGAUUUAAAGGAUUUUUAUGCUUAAAAAAACAACCGUUUUUGGAUCAAAACUCUGAUUCUUGUUUUGUCGUUAGUUUCUGUGCUGCUCCGUCGUGACAACAGAUCGACAAAAAACAAAAUGAUGGUGAUCAUAYAUGCUUUAAUUUCUUUUAGUUGUGCUCAUUAUCAAACAGAUUAUAUAUUGAUGUUUACCAGAUAUGRUGUUUGUAAAAAUAUAUUUUGUGUUUAUAUUAGUUAAAUCAGAUUUAACAUUUUGAUUACCUCCUAGCAAAGCUGCAAAAGCAUCAUGACUUCAUUCUCAUUAGUAAUUGAUUUGUUUUUUAACAGCAACUAAAUUACCAUAAUCAGAUGUAAAAUAUGGACAAUAGCAGCCAUAGAGUACCGGUAAUAUAAAAAAAUGAAUACUCAGAUAUUACUGGGUAAUGUUUGCAAACUUUGCUAAAACCUCUGAACAUGAGCAUAACUACAGACAAACCUAAUACAUCUGAUACUGCUUUUAUUCAUUUAUUAUUAUUGUUUAGAUUCUUUUGCAAUAAUUUUGGUAAAAAUAUUCCAUUAACAAUUUA